CACUAGUACCGACGUCGUUAGUGCUGUCUGUUUUGGUUGAGUCACCAGAUCUGACCAUGCCUUACUGACUGACUAGAGGCAGAAAACAAACGAGAAUAAUGAAAAAAUAACUGAUCGUUAAUGCGACAAACUAAGGAAUAAGUCGAGUAUUUUUGUGUCUACAAAUAUUAAGAUCUUGCAUCGGUUUGGCGGUGUAACGUUAGCUAGCUAACACCAUUCGUCGAAAAUGAUGAAGGAAGAAGAAAUUGAUAGGUUCCAAGUACCCCCAGUUACAGAGACAGAGACGCAGCCCUUGGUAAGUGCAAUGUGUUGUUGCGUUUAUUACUAGCUUCAUUUUAGAGUUCAAAUUACCUUGAAAUUAAGCCUAUAUUACAAUUUAAAUGCGUGUACUGGUGGCUUUGUCGAAAAUCCUUGUCAGACAGCUGGCCAGCGACUGCCUGGUGUUGUUUGCUUGGGGCGGGGGUGGGUGGGUUCCCAUUUGACAAUUAUGUUUGAGUCCUCCUAAGCAUUUCUUCUAACCGAUAACAUUUGAUUGAAUGGACUUCGUCUGGCCACCAUUGCCAUCGAGAUUAGUUUCUAACCAAACUGGUGACGUGUUAUUUCUUGUGAAUUGGAGAGGGGGAAGAAGAGCUCGCUUCGAUAUGACUGCUGCUGGCUGGGUGAAUAAACGCUGUCUCCAGCUGAUGCAUAGCCCCAGCGCGGAAACCCCAGCCUCAGUCCCAGCCUCAGCUGAUGCAUAGCCCGAGAUGGUAGGGACGUCUGGUUGAGAGAAUUACAGUAUGUUUUCUCUUCUCAAACUAACCAUGAUACCAAAACGUCUGCCUCUUGUCAUCCCUUCAACACUUUCGUUGAUGAACUCACUCUACCACUGAUAGGCUUAACUCUGGAUACAGAUUAACAUUCACACGUGCACUGUUCAUGUAUACACUGGACUGGUCUGGACACAGUGUGUCCAUGCACUUUUAAUUUGUACAUUCUAGCGUCAAUAUAUGCAUGGUGUUAGAUAUUUGCUGUUUCAGCAAGCACCUCUCUGUACCUCUUGAGUCUCAACAGGGACUGCAGGGGCCUGUCAGUGCAGGAUGUGUAUAGGUUCACCACCACAACAAGGUCUUUCAGUGUCCUUCAUUGUUUCUUUAUGGUAUUUCACCAUUCAGACCUCUUGAUGUGCGUAGGGCCCCAUACACUAUGGUUAGGUCCCUUCAGUGCCUCUACACCAGGGGUGUCAAACUCAUUCCAUGGAGGGCCCAGUGUCUGAUGGUUAUAUAUCUUCUCUUUCAAGGUGCAUUGGAUAGAAAAUACUUUGAACUUGAAAAAGAUACAGUCCAGCUACACUGUGGGGGCUUCUUUGAUAUUAUUAGGUGUGCCUUGCUUCAAACACACUUCACUUUAACCAGCUGUCCUUUCCAAAUGAAGCUACGUGGCUGUAGGUGGGCAGACUGAUGCUCUGUGCAGGCAGGUUUUCAUCCUGUCCAUGCCUGCAUCCCCCCGAGGGUUGCAGAAAAUCAGAGAGAAUAAUUUAGGCCUGUCUCGCUUCUCUUCAACAUAUCGAUUUGAUUCACAGUCCAUGUUCUCAUGUUUCUCACGUCUGCUAAUGCUGGCAUGGAUUUAAUUAUUUUAUCUGGUUACGCCUUAAUGUGUCUGUGUUGGUCAUAAAUGAAUGGUAGAGCUCUAUCAUUGCCAUUAUUUUAUUCUCUCAGCCUGCUUCUUUUAAAUUCUCAACAUUGACAUUCACCUUUCCUCAAGCCUGUUAUUGUAAUAAAACUUAAACUUACUACUGCUGUCAGUGAUAAAAAAUCUCUAGUAUAAUACGCCCUCUUUUUGAAAUCUAUUCAGGUUGCUAGUAUUGGUUUCUACUUCUAGCCUGAUUGAUUUGAAGAAAAUCCCAUGGCUAGGUCUGUUAGGUCUACGUAGACUGCAAUGACAACUUGUAGUCUCUCCUCAUCCAAACCAUAUCAGAGAGUCAAAGAGCCAGCUGUUCUGUUGCACAGAGAGCUCUGUGCAUUCUCAUGCUAAUCAUUGUGAAUAGUAAAGAACAUGAAUCAACUCGGCAUCUGCUUCUCAAAUGUUCUGAAAUGGACUUCAAAUGAAUAAAACAAGCUGUCCUGUGUAGAAUUAGGCUAUGGUUAGAGUUGGGUUGUGCCAACACUCACUUGAACUUAAACAGCACUAUAGAAUGGUGACAUGUAUUUAAUCCAAAUGCCACAUCCAAUUUAACUGACAGGAACUGGAAUUUGCCCCCCAACUCUGACAUCUAGAACGCUAUACACAUCUAUUUACAAGACAAUCCUCAAUUUUGCUCUAGCAUUAUGUUUUGUCCUGAAUUAGAGUGAUUGUUGAAGGCUGUAGUCAUGGUGCAGGCUUCACAACAAACUUGAAACUGUAUUUACUGUCAAACUAAUUUCAAGACUCGUGGCUGGCUGUCCUGAUCGAUCAGCCUGCGCUGUCAUUGGUCCGAUGGGAGCCCAGAUUAAUAAUCCCACUAAUCCCCUAGCAGUGCCACGUCAGCAACCUUGUGGCUCUUCAUCAUGAUCACACUGGCGGCUGUUAGCGCUGGAGGUCAUAGCUGACCAGACUAGGCCAUUUGAAACACGCCUAGUUUAACUGGUGUAGUGUAUGGUAUGAUGUCCUUGAGGUCUUUCAUCAAGCAUGGAUGCAUAUCGAAGAUGUAUCGGUGUGUGUGGAUGAUAUGUAGUAUGACCUCUAACAUGUAUCCCUCACACCUUGUGCACAGUGAGAGCUCACUCCAUCAAAAUAAACACAGAUGCACCUUCUACAUGCAUCCAUACUAGAUUAAAGACCUCAAGAAGAACAAAAUUCCAUAACUUGACACAUCAUCCACACUUCAUCUACUGUGAGUGGAGAUACAAUAUUGAAGGUUUAUUUUCUCUCCAGCUGCUCAGACCUCUCAGUAGUUUAGUAUUGUGUGAGCUGAGGUGUGACUCUGAAUGGGUAGAAGGAGAAGCUGGUGCUUGGAAAACCUCAAAGAAAAUAACGGGUCUUUGUCGCAGAACAAAAAUAGCCUGAUGUUUGCAGGCUGUUACAGUGGGAAUAGCUCAUUGUUGUACUUUCCCAUGUCCCUGUGCUCUGUUAGCACCACGUUGUCAGUUUUGAUUAAUUCUUUCAGCUUAAUGAACAAUAUUUUACCGGAUGAAGCCAUUGUUUGUGUCCAGUGCCGGGAUGAAUUAUACUAGACGGGAAAACGCUCUGAGUCUGUUAUUUAACACUUGUUCUGAGAGAGAAUAAGAAAGUGUGUGUUAGUUCCUCUGGAUGAGUGUGUGCUAAAUUACAAAUAGAAAUGUAGGCUAUUGCGUAAUGACACUUAGGUCUGUCUACAGUGUAGACUACACAUUACGUGUUUUAAAUGUAAUAAACUAUGCUUGUAAAAUUGAAGUCAGCAGAAUGGGAAAACUGUGUGAGGGAGUGGAUACUGGAUACUUUCACUAGGUGCUGUAUAGUAGUUUCAGGCUCUGCCUGCUGUGCUGCUUGUUAGUGGUCUGUUGUUUCAACACGGCAGCCAGGCAGUUCCCUGGAGCGAAUGCAGUGUUCUUUCAGGCUGCCCUUGUGGGAUCUCCACUCCGGCCUACUUUGCUGGCUGUGACAGGCUUGUGGUGAACAUAAUGCAGGGCUCUGUCAGUGGAGUAGGCAGACCAGCCAGCCAGACCUUCCACCACCCAGCAGCUCUCGUCUGGGUCCCAAAAGGCACCCUAUUCCCUUUAUAGUGCACUACUUGUGACCAGAGCCUGGUCAAAAGUAGUGCACUAUAUAGGGUUCCAUUUGGGACGCAGUCCUGUCUCUCUCUUAGCACUGGAGGUCCAACAGGAACCCCCUCUGUUCUCCCACGGCCCCCGAGUGACGUCACUCACAGACAGCCUCACUGGCCUACUCCCAGCCCAGUCUCACCAGUAGAGUGCUCUGGCAGUGGAAACUGACCUAGCAUAGAGUCACAAGCAGGCACACACUUAACAGUAGCCUCUCACAGGCUUUCACCUCACGUGAGCGAAGUCUGGAAGCAGAGGCUAACUAAACAGUAAAAUAUAAAUAGAACACCAGGAUAGAUGAGGGGAAAAAGGUGCUCAAGGGGCUGGAAAAGGCCUUUAGGCAUGGUAAAAUAAUACAAAUAUUUAUACCGGUUGUGAAGUCUGCCUGUUUUGGAAUUGGAAAUAGGACUGUCGCAUAUGGAAGCUGAUUUGUGCCAGAGGUAAAAUGUUAAACAACCACAGCGAAUCUUGAAAGUUGAACACAUCUGAUAGAAAAUGACCAUGUCAAACCUGUGAAAGCUAAUCAUCAGUUUUUUUCUGCAGCAGGACCCAGCAGGAUCCGAGGCCGACUCUGACACUAGAGAAGGUGAAACGGUGGCCAUGAACUACAAGCCCUCCCAACUGCAAGUGAAAAUAGGUGAGCCUUAUUUAUAGCAUCUCCACUCCUCAUUCCCAGUACAACAUCAAUGUGUCUGUGUUCUACUAACACAUGGUGGCCUUCAAUAAGACCAUCUCUCCAUCUAUCAAUUAUUAAGUCAUUCAGUCAAUAUAUAACAACAUAUAUAAAUUGAUGACAUGCUAUUAAUGAGUCAAUGGCGUUAUUCUCAUUCAGUAGUUCAUCUAUUAUUUUUGGAGCAAUGCUGUGUUCUUUGCGUAGAGCAUGGCGCUUGCAACGCCAGGGUUGUGGGUUCGUUUCCCACGGGGGGCCAUUAUGAAAAUGUAUGCACUCACUAACUGUAAGUCGCUCUGGAUAAGAGCGUCUGCUAAAUGACUAAAAUGUCAAUGUAAAUGAUAGGCAUAUACAGUGAGGGGAAAAAGUAUUUGAUCCCCUGCUGAUUUUGUACGUUUGCCCACUGACAAAGACAUGAUCAGUCUAUAAUUUGAAUGGUAGGUUUAUUUGAACAGUGAGAGACAGAAUAACAACAAAAAAAUCCAGAAAAACGCAUGUCAAAAAUGUUAUAAAUUGAUUUGCAUUUUAAUGAGGGAAGUAAGUAUUUGAUCCCUCUGCAAAACAUGACUUAGUACUUGGUGGCAAAACCCUUGUUGGCAAUCACAGAGGUCAGACGUUUCUUGUAGUUUGCUACCAGGUUUGCACACAUCUCAGGAGGGAUUUUGUCCCACUCCUCUUUGCAGAUCUUCUCCAAGUCAUUAAGGUUUCGAGGCUGACGUUUGGCAACUCGAACCUUCAGCUCCCUCCACAGAUUUUCUAUGGGAUUAAGGUCUGGAGACUGGCUAGGCCACUCCAGGACCUUAAUGUGCUUAUUCUUGAGCCACUCCUUUGUUGCCUUGGCUGUGUGUUUUGGGUCAUUGUCAUGCUGGAAUACCCAUCCACGACCCAUUUUCAGUGCCCUGGCUGAGAGAAGGAGGUUCUCACCCAAGAUUUGACGGUACAUGGCCCCGUCCAUCGUCCCUUUGAUGCGGUGAAGUUGUCCUGUCCCCUUAGCAGAAAAACACCCCCAAAGCAUAAUGUUUCCACCUCCAUGUUUGACGGUGGGGAUGGUGUUCUUGGGGUCAUAGGCAGCAUUCCUCCUCCUCCAAACACGGCGAGUUGAGUUGAUGCCAAAGAGCUCCAUUUUGGUCUCAUCUGACCACAACACUUUCACCCAGUUCUCCUCUGAAUCAUUCAGAUGUUCAUUGGCAAACUUCAGACGGCCCUGUAUAUGUGCUUUCUUGAGCAGGGGGACCUUGCGGGCGCUGCAGGAUUUCAGUCCUUCACAGCGUAGUGUGUUACCAAUUGUUUUCUUGGUGACUAUGGUCCCAGCUGCCUUGAGAUCAUUGACAAGAUCCUCCUGUGUAGUUCUGGGCUGAUUCCUCACCGUUCUCAUGAUAAUUGCAACUCCACGAGGUGAGAUCUUGCAUGGAGCCCCAGGCCGAGGGAGAUUGACAGUUCUUUUGUGUUUUUUCCAUUUGCGAAUAAUCGCACCAACUGUUGUCACCUUCUCACCAAGCUGCUUGGCGAUGGUCUUGUAGCCCAUUCCAGCCUUGUGUAGGUCUACAAUCUUGUCCCUAACAUCCUUGGAGAGCUCUUUGGUCUUGGCCAUGGUGGAGAGUUUGGAAUCUGAUUGAUUGAUUGCUUCUGUGGACAGGUGUCUUUUAUACAGGUAACAAACUGAGAUUAGGAGCACUCCCUCUAAGAGUGUGCUCCUAAUCUCAGCUCGUUACCUGUAUAAAAGACACCUGGGUGCCAGAAAUCUUUCUGAUUGAGAGGGGGUCAAAUACUUAUUUCCCUCAUUAAAAUGCAAAUCUAUUUAUAACAUUUUUGACAUGCGUUUUUUUCUGGAUUUUGUUGUUGUUAUUCUGUCUCUCACUGUUCAAAUAAACAUACCAUUAAAAUUAUAGACUGAUCAUUUCUUUGUCAGUGGGCAAAUGUACAAAAUCAGCAGGGGAUCAAAUACUUUUUUCCCUCACUGUAUGACAGCGAGAUGGAAUCUUCAGUUUUUUCACAGACACAUGUAGAAAGGCAGGUUCUGUCAGAUAGACCAAAGUUAUUCAAUUAUUCUAUGGCAUGUAGUAUCUUUGUAACAUUACUCCUUUACCAUGUUUUGCUGAAUGUUUUUUCUUGACAUAGGCCUAGAGCUGUCAAAAUAGGUUUUUAGUUACUGACUGAUAUUGGCCAUAGCCAAGAUACAGUGCAUUCGGAAAGUAUUCCGACCCCUUGACUUUUUCUACAUUUUGUUACGUUACAGCCUUAUUCUAAAAUUGAUUACAAUGUUUUUAUUCCUCAUCAAUCUACACACAAAUACCCCAUAAUGACAAAGCAAAAACAGGUUUUUAGAAAUGUUUGCACAUUUCUUAAAAAUAAAACACUGAAAUAUCACAUUUACAUAAAUAUUCAGACCCUUUACUGAGUACAUUGUUGAAGCACCUUUGGCAGUGAUUACAGCCUCGAUUCUUCUUGGGUAUUACGCUACAAGCUUGGCACACCUGUAUUUGGGGAGUUUCUCCCAUUCUUCUCUCCAGAUCCUCUCAUGCUCUGUCAGGUUGGAUGGGGAGCGUUGCUGCACAGCUAUUUUCAGGUCUCUCCAGAGAUGUUAGAUCGGGUUCAAAUCCGGGCUCUGGCUGGGCCACUCAAGGACAUUCAGAGACUUGUCCCAAAGCCACUCCUGCGUUGUCUUGGCUGUGGGCUUAUGGUCGUUGUCCUGUUGGAAGGUGAACCUUUACCCCAGUCUGAGGUCCUGUGUGCUCUGGUGCAGGUUUUCAUCAAGGAUCUCUCUGUACUUUCCUCCAUUCAUCUUAUCCUUGAUCAUGACUAGUCUCCCAGUCCCUGCCGCUGAAAAACAUCCCCACAGCAUGAUGCUGCCACCACAAUGCUUCACCGUAAGGAUGGUGCCAGGUUUCCUCCAGACUUGAUGCUUGGCAUUCAGGCCGAAGAGUUCAGUCUUGGUUUCAUCAGACCAGAGAAUCUUGUUUCUCAUGGUCUGAGAGUCCUUUAGGUGCCUUUUGGCAAACUCCAAGCGGGCUGUCGUGCCUUUUACUGAGGAGUGACUUCCGUCUGGCCACUCUACCAUAAAGGCCUGAUUGGUGGAGUGCUGCAGAGACGGUUGUCCUUCUGGAAGGUUCUCCCAUAUUCACAGAGGAACUCUGGAGCUCUGUCAGCGUGACCAUCGGGUUCUUGGUCACCUCCCUGACCAAGGCCCUUCUCCCCUGAUUGCUCAGUUUGGCCGGGCGGCCAGCUCUAGGAAGAGUCUUGGUGUUUCCAAACUUCUUCCAUUUAAGAAUGAUGGAGGCCACUGUGUUCUUGUUGACCUUCAAUGCUACAUAAAUGUUUUGGUACCCUUCCCCAGAUCUGUGCCUCGACACAAUCCUGUCUCGGAGCUCUACGGACGAUUCCUUCGACCUCAUGGCUUGGUUUAUGCUCUGACAUGCACUGUCAACUGUGGGACCUUAUAUAGACAGGUGUGUGCCUUUCCAAAUCAUGUCCAAUCAAUUGAAUUGACCACAGGUGGACUCCAAGUUGUAGAAACAUCUCAAGGAUGAUCAAUGGAAACAGGAUGCACCUGAGCUCAAUUUCGAGUCACAAAGCAAAGGGUCUGAAUACUUAUGUAAAUAUGUUUUUAUUUUUUAUUUUUCAUUUUUAGUAAAUCAGCAAACAUUUCUAAAAACCUGUUUUCACUUCGUCAUUAUGGGGUAUUGUGUGUAGAUUGAUGAGGGGGAAAAAAUUAUGUAAUCCAUUUUAGAAUAAGGCUGUAACGUAACAAAAUGUGAAAAAGUCUAAUGGUCUCAAUACUUUCCGAAUGCACUGUAUUCCUAUUAAACUGUUUCCACACUAAAGCCUAAUAAAGCUUUAGUGUUUUUGAUCUCCCUGAGCAUUGCUGUGGUUGUUUGGGAUAUAUUGCCUAAAGCCAAUACCCAAUAGCAAUUCUACCCUUGCUACAUAAAGGUCCUCCUUGAUUGACACAGGCUAUCUAGCAGUGACAGGCUGAAUUUACUCAAUGUAUCCCAGGGCAGGAUCUUUGAAAGGGCAAUGAGGUCACAACUUCCAAUCCCAUAACCCUAUCUCCCUCUCAUGCACUCAGUUGGUCAGCAGCACUGUGCUUCAGAGAUUAAAUAAAUAGUGUUAUGUUGAUGUUAAAAAGCUUUGCAUCACAAUCAUUGGCUUGGCAGCAUGCUUAUUGACUACUGCACCGCAGAGGAAUUCCAAGCACACAGACGACAGUGUGGAAGUCACAUAAAAGUCAAGGCCAAAGUUUACAUGAAAACCCCACAUGCCCCGCCAGUAGGGUUAUAUGAAUGAUAAAUUACCACAGUGUUCCAUAUAGCAGCACAACCAGUGUUGCAGUAUGGUUGCCUACUCUCAUUAGUUUUUAGUCAUUUUCAGGUAGAUGGUAGUGAUGGACCUGAAAGCAACAUGUUUUAUUGUAGACCCAGUAAAGAAAUCAAAGCAGAUGAACAAGUGAGUCAAUUUAAUACAUUGUCGAAAAGGGUAUUGGGGCAUUGUCUUGCAUCAAAUAGCGGUGACGACUACGCUGAGGACUGUGUGUCGCCUAGGAAUGACUCCACCUGUUGGAAGACAAUGGGGAUGGGAGGUGACAGUUUCACUCAUUGUUCCCCACAAUGAAAUUGGAGAGGGGACUUGGAUCUGUCUCUGUUCGUUCAUAUAUUAGUGACACGCGAUAUCUCAGACAGCACUGGUCCGAUUUUGAAGACAUUUAGGUGAAUGAUGCGUCUUGCCGUAGAGAUCCAGCAUUUACAAAAUGACACUGAUUGGCCCAAGGCGGGAGCUGUAGUAAUGAACUGUAAUUUGUUGCCGCUUGUGACUAUCUCAAUUGGCCCAAGGAGGGGCGCUGCAUCAUUCAUGGGGGACGACAUGUUUACUGUUGCCUUGUUUGUUAAUUGUCUCUAACUAUGACGUCAUCUCCUGUGAUUGGCAGAGAAACAGAGAGUGCUGGCCAGGAAGGGAUCAGUAAAAAAUGGGACCGUGGGUAGCCCUGUCAACCAGCAACCCAAGAAGAACAACGUCAUGGCCAGAACACGGUAACAAGCUCACACUUUAUGGUUUCCUCACCAUGUUAUUAUUUUGGGGCAUUUUCAUCGAAAAGGACCCAUGAGCACCAACGUGAAGUUAAUAGGGCAUAUCAAAUUGGGUGUCAAAUGAAAGCUAGGAGUCUGUAUUUUUGGGAAAUUAAGGCAUAGAUCCAUUUUCCAUCUUAAAAAUGAGGCAUAAGUAAAGGUUUUGAUUUCUGGGUAAACUGAUGGAAAAUGGGUCUUAGAAAAACAUCUACCAGAAAGUCUUAAACGGUAUCAGAUAUACACCAAAACAAAGUAAUGUUGAUGUAAAGAUCUCUACUAACUAAUAUGAACCCUUCUAUUUAGUUUUUGAGAAAUUGUUUAGGCCUACCUUCUGUACGUUUAAGAAAUAUUGCAUUGUGCCUUGUAAUUCUGUUACCAAAACCCCCCAUAUCUUUAAGAUAUUUUCUAAUUUCUCUCCCUCAUAGGAUGGAGGAUAAUGGAAGUUCACAGAAGUAACAAGUAAUGGUAGACAUACCAAUUAGUUAUAGCGAUUUUACUGAUAUCAAUUUUGUUUGCGUUACAGUGCAUUCGGAAAGUAUUCAGACCCCUUGACUUUUUCAACAUUAUCCUUAUUCUAAAAUGGAUUAAAUUGUUUUUUUUCCCCUCAUCAAUCUACACACAAUACCCCAUAAUGACAAAGCAAAAACAGGUUUUUAGAAAAUGUUGCACAUUUAUAGAAAAAUAACUGAAAUAUCACAUUUACAUAAGUAUUCAGACCCUUUACUCAGUACUUUGUUGAAGCACCUUUUGCAGCGAUUACAGCCUCAAAUCUUCUUGGGUAUGACGCUACAAGCUUGGCACACCUGUAUUUGGGGAGUUUCUCCCAUUCUUCUCUGCAGAUCCUCUCAAGCUCUGUCAGGUUGGAUGGGGAGCGUCGCUGCACAGCUAUUUUCAGGUCUCUCCAGAGAUGUUAGAUCGGGUUCAAGUCUGGGCUCUGGCUGGGCCACUCAUGGACAUUCAUAGACUUGUCCUGAAGCCACUCCUGCGUUGUCUUGGCUGUGUGCUUAGGGUCGUUGUCCUGUUGGAAGGUGAACCUUCACUGUAGUCUGAGGUCCUGAGCCCUCUGGAGCAGGUUUUCAUCAAGGAUGUCUCUGUACUUUCCUCCGUUCAUCUUUCCCUGACUAGUCUCUCAGUCACUGCCGCUGAAAAACAUCCCCACAGCAUGAUGUUGCCACCACCAUGCUUCACCGUAGGGAUAAUGCCAGGUUUCCUCCAGAUGUGGCGCUUGGGAUUCAGGCCAAAGAGUUCAAUAUUGGUUUUAUCAGACCAGAGAAUCUUGUUUAUCAUGGUCUGAUAGUCCUUUAGGUACCUUUUGACAAACUCCAAGCGGGCUGUCAUUUACAGAGGAGUGGUUUCCGUCAGGCCUGAUUGGUGGAGUGCUGCAGAGAUGGUUGUCCUUCUGGAUGAUUCUCCCAUCUCCACCGAGGAACUCUGGAGCUCUGUCAGUGACCAUCAGGUUCUUGGUCACCUCCCUGACCAAGGCCCUUCUCCCCCGAUUGCUCAGUUUGGCCGGGCGGCCAGCUCUAGGAAGAGUCUUGGUGGUUCCAAACUUCUUCCAUUUAAGAAUGCUGGAGGCCACUAUGUUCUUAGGGACCUUCAAUGCUGCAGACAGUUUUUGAUACUCUUCCCCAGAUCUGUGCCUCGACACAAUCCUGUCUCGGAGCUCUACAGACAAUUCCUUUGACCUCAUGGCUUGGUUUUUGCUCUGACAUGCACUGUCAACUGUGGGACCCUUGGGAUCCCCAGGACCGAGUUUGGGAAACCCUGCUCUAAUGUAGUCCCCUGUAGCUCAGUUGGUAAAGCAUGGCGUUUGCAACGCCAGGGUUGUGGGUUCGUUUCCCACGGGGGGCCAGUAUGAAAAAUGUAUGCACUCACUAACUGUAAGUCGCUCUGGAUAAGAGCAUCUGCUAAAUGACUAAAAUGUCAAUGUAAAUGUGUGUGCCUUUCCAAAUCAUGUCCAAUCAAUUGAAUUUACCACAGGUGGACUCCAAUCAAGUUGUAGAAACAUGUCAAGGAUGAUCAAUGGAAACAGGAUGCACCUGAGCUCAAUUUCGAGUCUCAUAGCAAAGGGUCUGAAUACUUAUGUAAAUAAGAUUUUUAUUUUUAAUACAUUUGCCAACAUUUCUAAAAACCUGUUUUCGCUUUUUCAUUAUGGGGUAUUGUGUGUAGAUUGAGGAUUUCUAUUUAUUUAAUCCAUUUUAGAAUAAGGCUGUAACGGAACAAAAUGUGGAAAGACUCAAGGGGUCUGAAUACUUUCCGAACGCACUGUAAGUGAUUAAAACUCUUAAUUCUGUUACCAAUAAAUCAGUAAUGGAAUUACUGCAACAAAAUUGGCUACAGUGGGAAAUCAUAAUAGUCACAAACCACAGUUGGGUCACCUGCUACUGUCCUCGCUUCCACUGGCAUACUGUUAUGUUUUCUUUCUGUUGUCUGGUGGUCAAACCAAGAGUGUUAAAACAGUCUGAGUCUGGACAGCCCCUCCCUCCGCCUUUCUCUCUCCCUCUGCCUUUCUCUCUCAGACUCCAGUUAAUGUCUUACUGACACAUGAGCCCCCUCUCAUUGCCUUUACUGUAACCAGCAUCCUCACCGACACUGGAUGUCCAUGGACGCUGAAAAGUAGUUGAAAUUUGGUCAUUCCACCCUGGCCUUGAUGUUAACGUCCACAGAUGCACCAGACCAAAUCUGAACCUAUCAUAGAUGUAUGUUUCACAAAGUACAGCACAGUACUGUACAGUGAGUAGAGUACAAUACAGUACAGCGUGUAGAGCACAGUAUAGUACAUUGUAUUGUACUGUACCCUAAUGCAGGGUUUCCCAAACUCGGUCCUGGGGACCCCAAGGGGUGCACGUUUUGGUUUUUGCCCUAGCACUACACUGCUGAUUCAAAUAAUCAAAGCUUGAUGAUGAGUUGGUUAUUUUAAAUCAGCUGUGUGGUGCUAGGGCAAAAACCAAAACGUGCAUCCCUUGGGGUCCCCAGGACCGAGUUUGGGAAACCCUGCUCUAAUGUACUGAACUCUACUCUACCCUACUCUGCUGUGAUGUCCAGACUAGUGACACAUAUCCAUAAUUAUGCAUUUCUGUGUAGUACAGAUCAGGGACCCAUGAUGCAAUUCCAUUACCGUAAUUCUGUUACCAGGUGUAAAUCCACUUCACUUACUGUAGUUCAAUAACCAAAAUAGAUUUUUUCAAACUCAAGGUGUCAUGUCAUAGCUGACACCACAUUCUUUCUGCAGACAUCGUUGAAUCUUAAUUCGGAGCAGAUAUUUAAGUGUUUGGAAAAUGUGGUUGCAUAAAAACCUGAGGGAGAUUUUACCAUAAUUCCAUUACCAAAGUUUGCAUCUGCACAGUUCUUCCACUAAAUUACUUUUUGUACAUUUAUCAGUGGAAAUUGUUAAAAGUUGUCCUUGUGCAUAGAAUUGUAUGGUUUAUUAAACUUUGAAAUCAAUGGUUUUUGUUUGGCAUACAUUUUGAGUCAAAGCGUAAUUCCGUUACCGUGGCCCAAUACAAAAAUGUAUAAUACAUUCAUGACAAGGCAAUUUGGUGCUUGUUUGAGUUAUUUUGUCACAUUUUGUGCCCUUUCCAUUCAAUUUGAAAUGCUAUAAAAAGUUAAGAAUAUUUUUGUGUCUGUAAACUUUUACCCAGAGAAAGGUCAGGCCAUUCAAAGCACUUCUACACCAACCCUCCAAGGGGACAGCCACACAGUUCUUACGAUGACAUUUAACAUUUUAAAACCCAAAAUAUAAACCAUUCAUAACAAAACAGGGACUUUAGAAAUGGAGGUCUGUGUGAAUGCUAAAUUCAGGCUCACUCUAGUUGAUUAACCUUGGGCCUGGUUCAGUCAAACCCACUAACAGGGGCCCUUCCCUUUGUCUGUAAUCCUAGUCCCUGGGUGGAUUAGCAGAGAUGUGAAAGCAGCUCCCCCUACACCCAGAGCCCCAGAUUAUGGGCAGCGCCCGAUAGAUUGGAGGCCGGCGAUUAGCCAAAUGCGCUCUAACCAGGCUAGGAGAGUGCUAACCCAUGCUGUGGCUGACUGGGACAGCUGCUGCUGCUGAGGAGGAGGCUGGUUCGUGCCAUUUAUGAUAUCCCAGUUUUAGCCACAGAUCUGUUUUAUUCAAGAGAUCGAAAGAGAAACCCAGGAACCAGAAUAUCUUUAUUUUGGCGCCACAUAACUGGAACUGAGCUAAAAUUCAAGUUGAGGUUUUUGGGGUAUAUUGCCCUUUUUAUUGCCCCUUGUAUUGAAAACUUGAACUUGAAGAUUUGACUUUGAGGAGGAUCCCCAUGACCUGUAUCUUCUGCUGAGUUAGAUUGCUAUGGUGGCGGCGCAUAUGCCUCCUUUUCAUACAGGUUUCGUGUUUCUAAUCUCCAAGUAUUUUCUUCUCUCCUCUUCUUUAGGUUGGUGGUGCCAAACAAAGGCUACUCCUCUUUAGACCAGACCAGCCCAGAUGAGAAGCCCCUGGUAGCGCUGGAUACAGACAGGUAACGGUGAAUGUAAUAUUUCUCUGAAUGGGAUUUCAAAAGGGUGAGAAGAAGAUAUCCUUAUUUAAAUCCAUCUCACAACUUGCUAAUGUCUUGGGCUACUCUCUCUCUCUCUCUCUCUCUCUCUCUCUCUCUCUCUCUCUCUCUGACACUGGCGUCCAACAGACUUGUUCCAGACUUCCACUGUGAGCCUUCAGUCUUUCAAAGCUCAGUCACAGCGCAUAGGGGACUAACUACUUCCCUGAAUUCAAUACAGGCUGAAAGAGUAGCCCCUGCCAGAAAAGAGUGACCCGACUCGGGGAAAGCAGGAAAAGUGUAACUGCUCUGUUGACUGUUACAGCUCUGCUCCGAGCCUCUCUCUCUCUCGGCAAGUAGGCAGAGGCAUUCCCAAAUGAGGGAAAAUCCUCUCCCAGGGUGCCGGAUUAGGGGGUUUGGGAUUUGGACCGCCGGGAAAAGAGGCUCAGGGUCCUCCCUCCUUCAGUGCUCCUUGCCCAGCGUGUGAUACAGAUGGUCUGCGUCCCAAAUGGCACCCUUUUCCCUUCAUAGUGUACUGCUUUUGGCUAGGGCCCUGGUCAAAAGUAUAGGGUGCCAAGGGAAUAGGGUGCCAUUUGGGACGAAUACAUGGGUCCCCUACCCUGUGCCGAUUUGCACUAAAUGGCACCCAUCACAACAAUGACGUAAUGUAGUAUGUCAUAUGCUCGCUCUCUCUAUCUCUCUCUCUCUCUCUCUCUCUGACACAGAGACCCACUUGUCUCCCUUAUUUCAGCUUAAGCAUGCACACUCACUCACUCAAUGAUUCUCUUUCUGUUGUUCUCUCUUUGUCUCUCACACUUGCACUCAAUUGCACUGCCAUUGUUGUUCUUGGCCUCACACACACACACACCAUUUUCUAUUAUGUCAUGUCCCAUUACUCAAAAACACACACACACACAAAAAACACGUAAAAACAUGCAUGAAAGUACAUGUGUGUUUGUGUUGAGUUUAUUGUCUUGAGUUUGGCCGUGUCUGAGAGUUCAGCCUCAUUAAGAAUAGGGCCAAUCAUUCCUGGAGUCAGGAUCAAUGGAAGGUUCCAGAUUGUCUCUGCUGGUUGUCCCUGUUAGAAUAAAUCAAUCCUGCUGAAAUGUCAGCUCCUUAUGGUGCCUAAUUAUCUACUGGGGAGAUGCCUGGAGAUCUAGAAUAUAGCACUGCAUUUAGAUUUUCAUAAAUCAUUUUCUGGAAGAGAACACUGAAACACUGAGCAAUGUUUUCAGAUGUAUCCCGAAAUUAGUUUAUAGUUCUUCUCUUUUUAUUAUCAAGAAAUUAAGCUCCAUAGCACAAUAUUGUAUUAUUUAUGUACAGUGGGGAAAAAAAGUAUUUAGUCAGCCACCAAUUGUGCAAGUUCUCCCACUUAAAAAGAUGAGAGGCCUGUAAUUUUCAUCAUAUGUACACGUCAACUAUGACAGACAAAAUGAGAAAAAGAAAUCCAGAAAAUCACAUUGUAGGAUUUUUAAUGAAUUUAUUUGCAAAUUAUGGUGGAAAAUAAGUAUUUGGUCAAUAACAAAAGUUUCUCAAUACUUUGUUAUAUACCCUUUGUUGGCAAUGACACAGGUCAAACGUUUUCUGUAAGUCUUCACAAGGUUUUCACACACUGUUGCUGGUAUUUUGGCCCAUUCCUCCAUGCAGAUCUCCUCUAGAGCAGUGAUGUUUUGGGGCUGUCGCUGGGCAACACGGACUUUCAACUCCCUCCAAAGAUUUUCUAUGGGGUUGAGAUCUGGAGACUGGCUAGGCCACUCCAGGACCUUGAAAUCCUUCUUACGAAGCCAAUCCUUCGUUGCCCGGGCGGUGUGUUUGGGAUCAUUGUCAUGCUGAAAGACCCAGCCACGUUUCAUCUUCAAUGCCCUUGCUGAUGGAAGGAGGUUUUCACUCAAAAUCUCACGAUACAUGGCCCCAUUCAUUCUUUCCUUUACACGGAUCAGUCGUCCUGGUCCCUUUGCAGAAAAACAGCCCCAAAGCAUGAUGUUUCCACCCCCAUGCUUCACAGUAGGUAUGGUGUUCUUUGGAUGCAACUCAGCAUUCUUUGUCCUCCAAACACGACGAGUUGAGUUUUUACCAAAAAGUUCUAUUUUGGUUUCAUCUGACCAUAUGACAUUCUCCCAAUCCUCUUCUGGAUCAUCCAAAUGCACUCUAGCAAACUUCAGAUGGGCCUGGACAUGUACUGGCUUAAGCAGGGGGACACGUCUGCACUGCAGGAUUUGAGUCCCUGGCGGCGUAGUGUGUUACUGAUGGUAGGCUUUGUUACUUUGGUCCCAGCUCUCUGCAGGUCAUUCACUAGGUCCCCCCAUGUGGUUCUGUUAUUUUUGCUCACCGUUCUUGUGAUCAUUUUGACCCCACGGGGUGAGAUCUUGCGUGGCGCCCCAGAUCGAGGGAGAUUAUCAGUGGUCUUCCUAAUAAUUGCUCCCACAGUUGAUUUCUUCAAACCAAGCUGCUUACCUAUUGCAGAUUCAGUCUUCCCAGCCUGGUGCAGGUCUACAAUUUUGUUUCUGGUGUCCUUUGACAGCUCUUUGGUCUUAGCCAUAGUGGAGUUUGGAGUGUGACUGUUUGAGGUUGUGGACAGGUGUCUUUUAUACUGAUAACAAGUUCAAACAGGUGCCAUUAAUACAGGUAACGAGUGGAGGACAGAGGAGCCUCUUAAAGAAGAAGUUACAGGUCUGUGAGAGCCAGAAAUCUUGCUUGUUUGUAGGUGACCAAAUACUUAUUUUCCACCAUAAUUUGCAAAGAAAUUCAUAAAAAAUCCUACAAUGUGAUUUUCUGGAGAAAAACAUUCUCAAUUUGUCUGUCAUAGUUGACGUGUACCUAUGAUGAAAAUUACAGGCCUCUCUCAUCUUUUUAAGUGGGAGAACUUGCACAAUUGGUGGCUGACUAAAUACUUUUUUCCCCCCACUGUAUAUUAUACUUUUUUUUUACUGUCCCUAUCAACCUUGUUUGUGUUGCGUCCUGGUGUUUGGUAGGUCCAGGUAUCAGACUACUCAUCUCUUCUUGUUUCAGUGACGAUGACUUUGACAUGUCCAGAUACUCUUCGUCUGGAUACUCCUCAGCCGAGGUGAGAUGUCUGAGGGACCAGGUAUCUAUGCACUACAUACAGCUAAUGUCACCUCAACCUUGUCAUAAGUUGUCAUAAGCACUGCAUAACCUAACCUGUCACUUCACUUCCCUGCUUAUGUCAAUUCCCAACGCCUCUAUCCUGUAACCUGUAUCUUUUCUCCUCUGAUCACCAUUCACUUUUGUCAAUUUAUAACUAUGGUAUUUCCGUCAGGCGUGAUUUAUCCAUACAUUUCAUCACCAUUCAUUUCUAUCCAUGUGUUUAUCUAUUUAUGUGUUUUAGUAGUAAUUUUACUCACUAGAGUUUUUUUCAUUACUUGGUGUUAGGUCUGCUACUAUACAACGACUAGCACAAGCACGUCCCUUAUGUUUAACCUAAAGCAUUGUGAGAUUUCAACUCAAUAAGGACGUGUGUGGCUCUUAUUAUUAUGAUUGGGAAAUUAUCAUGUUUUGUCCACUCUUUCCCCUGCAGCAGAUCAACCAGGACCUCAACAUCCAGCUACUGAAGGACGGUUACCGGCUAGACGAGAUCCCUGACGACGAGGAUCUGGAUCUGAUCCCGCCCAAAUCAGUCAACCCCACUUGCAUGUGCUGCCAAGCCACCUCCUCCUCAGCCUGCCACAUCCAGUAGCCCCUCCCAUAACAGAUGCCCCCGCCACCAGGGUGUUGAAAUGGUCGGGGGGGUGGGACAGAAGAAAAGGUGUAUUGGAAUUAGUGUGGAUUUGGAAAGGGUGAAAAUGCACAGCAAAUUUACUAAGAGUAACUGGUUCCUCCUAUGGUAGGACAUGUGCAUACGUUUGUCUGUUACAUUAUAAGGUCUUUAUGUCUGAGUAGUAUUCAGAAGCAGCUCUCCCUUGUCUCAUCUUGGAAUAUAACAUGGAGGGUAAUGGAAGGACUCAAGAAUGCGAACUUGUGUGAGAUGGUCUCACAACUUGAGUGUUUCGAAGAUGGUCUCUUGAGGAAUAUGUUGUCUUAAACUUUGUUUGACCUCCUGAAAGUCACGGUAUGGAGGGUAUGGAGGGAUCAACAGUGAAUGUACUGUGAGCGUGGCAAAAGGACAAACAUUUGAUUGAACAGAAUGAAGAGCUGUCUGAGUGUGUAACGUCUAAAAUCAAACAUGGUCGGUAUCAAACCCUUUAGAAUAUUUAAGGAGAUACAGCAACGAACACAGAGGAAUCGCAACUAUUUAUUUUAUGUUUCUAAGCAGGCAUCUCACAAGUUAAAAUGCAUAGUGAGUUUUGAGUUGAGUGGAUUUGCAGCGGUCUUACUUCUCGCUCCUCUAUCUUUUCUGAUCAGAUUGUCUUUCUCUCCCUCUAACACGUGACACAUGAGGUGUGAACAUAACGAACAUUUGAAUUCUCAUACAAAGACAUCAGAAUAACUAUUCUUAUCUACAACUUUGAUAUGUGACUUGAGAACAGCUUUGCAUGUUGCUCACUGUGCCACUUAGAUAAACACCCUCACCAAUACAGUAACUGGGGGGUUAGGCUCUCUUAACUUUACCCACUGCAUCCUUAGCCUGGUCCCAGAUCUGU